CAUAUUUACCUAUCUAUUCUCUCUUCUAUUUUAUUCUUGCGCCCGCAAUUUAAUAUUUCGCCUCUGGCUUCUCUGCCAUGUUAAUGUGCAUGCGCAGAAAAGGGAGCAUUGCUAUCAGCUGUUACCACCAUCAACUUUUGCUGCCCUCUAUCGAUUCUAAACACGUGUGAGCGAACGUGCAAAGCACACGUGCUGAUGCAUGCGAAGUAUCAGGACUGCCGAGCAACAAGCUAUGUUAAAGGAAUAUUUUGUAUAUACAUCUUUUUUUUUAAUUCAGUGAUCGAGAUGAGUAAAAGAAAACUCGAUGAUGAGAAUGACGCUGCUCCGGCAAACGAUAAGAUCACGAAGAUCUUCUCUUGCUUCAAAUCAGACACUGGUGAAGUUUUAUCCGAUGGCGCGGUGGAACUGCCGAUCGACACCAACGUGGAUAAGCUGCAGGAGCUCUGCAAUGCUCUGCUCCAAAAUGAGAUCCCGUUGCCUCUGGCGUUCUAUAUAAAUAAUGUGGAAGUCACGGAUGAUUUGAGGAAGCACAUCGGCAAGGAUUUUAAAAUCAGCGAAAACGUCGUAGAGAUUAUAUAUCAGCCACAAGCAGUGUUUAAAGUCAGGGCUGUCACGAGAUGCACCGGGUCCUUGGAAGGUCACAAGGAAGCCGUCAUAUCUGUUGCAUUUUCACCAGACGGCAAGCAUCUAGCCAGUGGUUCUGGUGAUACAACAGUCAGACUAUGGGAUAUCUAUACACAAACGCCAGAGUACACGUGCGAGGGGCAUAGACAUUGGGUUUUAUGUAUUUCCUGGUCACCUUGUGGCACCAAGCUUGCCUCUGCAUGUAAAAAUGGACUUAUAUAUCUAUGGGAUCCCAAUACUGGCAAACAAAUCGGAAAGGCUAUGGCGGGACACAAAAUGUGGGUGACAUCUCUAUGCUGGGAGCCUUAUCACAAGAAUCCAGAGUGCCUAUAUUUAGCAAGUUCAUCUAAGGACAGCGACGUACGAAUUUGGGACACAAAAAGAGCACAAACCAGUCGAAUCUUAGCUGGUCACACGAAAAGUGUGACCUGUGUCAAAUGGGGUGGUAGCGGUCUUAUUUAUUCCGCUUCUCAAGACAGGACUAUCAAAGUGUGGAGAGCGGAAGAUGGUGUGUUAUGUAGAACUUUAGAAGGCCAUGCUCAUUGGGUGAACACUUUGGCCCUAAAUGUUGAUUACGCGCUCAGGACUGGGCCUUUCCAAUUAGGAUCAACUAAGAUCAAGACAAAUACACUGGAAUAUGCAAGAAAUCAAUACGAGUCUGUAGGCGAGGAGAGGCUUGUGUCCGGAUCUGAUGACUUCACAUUGUUCCUAUGGAAGCCAGAAAAAGAGAAGAAACCUAUCGCAAGAAUGACGGGUCAUCAGCAACUUAUCAACGACGUCAAGUUCUCUCCGGAUGGCCGCACAAUUGCAUCCGCGUCCUUCGAUAAAUCUAUUAAAUUAUGGGAAUCCAAAACCGGGACGUAUAUCGCGUCACUGAGAGGUCACGUCCAAGCGGUUUACUCGAUAGCGUGGAGUGCUGACUCUCGUUUGUUGGUCAGCGGUAGCGCAGAUUCAACUUUAAAAGUUUGGGAUAUGAAAACUCACAAAUUAGACCAAGAUCUACCCGGUCACGCGGACGAAGUUUAUGCGGUCGACUGGUCACCUGAUGGUGUGCGCGUCGCCUCAGGUGGAAAAGACAAAGUUUUGCGACUAUGGCAAAAUUGAAUAUAAAUUUAAAUAAAUAAAUUUAUAAAAAAAAA